CCUCUUCUCCUCAUUCACGAUGUUACUGAGCGCCAAGUGCUAAUCGAUGAUAGGAUACACCUCUACCGCGGCUAAAGGCCUCCAGCAAAAGCUCUCCGCGGCCAAUGUCCACUCUCGGGUAUUGGGCAAUGUGCUAUACCUAAUGGCUAGCCUGACUACGCAACCGGCGUCUCUACGGGCACUGGAGGAUUUGCUGCGGAGGAGUUUAGCGUAGUUUAUAGUGGAAUUACAAUUAAGCAUAUCUAAGCGUUGGGUAUUGGAUUUCCGUAAUAGACCUGCAGCCGCCAACUUGGUUCACCGAGCCCCUCCGAUCACUGCCCAUUCAUUACUCACUACGGAGUAUUCACCUGGUCCUCUGCCUUCUUCCUCUUCUUCAUCACCUCUUCUUUCCUGCAUCUUCCUCUUCACUAUCAUAUACCAUCACAAUGUCUCUACGGUUACGCCCCCUCCGCCUGGCUCGCGCCUAUGGCACCGUUCAAGGUCCCCCCAGUGCUGGCUCGCUGCCCAGCCGGAUCCCAAUGGCCCUCCAGGAAGCCACAGCAGCGAGUGCCCCUAGAACCAACUGGACCCGUGAGGAGGUCCAGCAGAUUUAUGAAACGCCGUUGAGUCAAUUGACUUAUGCUGCUGCCGCCAUCCACCGCCGCUUCCACGACCCCUCCGCAAUCCAAAUGUGCACAUUAAUGAACAUCAAAACCGGUGGCUGCAGCGAAGACUGCAACUACUGUGCGCAGUCCUCGCGCUACAACACUGGCCUGCAAGCCACCAAAAUGUCCCCCGUCGACGACGUCCUCGCCAAAGCCCGUACCGCCAAAGCAAACGGCAGCACACGGUUCUGCAUGGGUGCUGCCUGGCGAGACAUGCGGGGUCGCAAGACAAGUCUGAAGAACGUGAAAGCCAUGAUUUCCGGGAUCCGCGAGAUGAACAUGGAAGUCUGCGUGACGCUGGGCAUGAUCGACGACAAACAGGCCAAGGAGCUCAAGGAUGCGGGGUUGACCGCGUACAACCACAACCUGGACACCUCGCGGGAGUACUACCCGAACGUGAUCACGACGCGGUCAUACGAUGAGCGUCUCAAGACCAUCAGCCACGUCCGCGACGCUGGCAUCAAUGUCUGCUCGGGCGGUAUCCUGGGCCUUGGCGAGGAGGACUCCGACCGCAUCGGUCUGCUGCACACCAUGUCGGCCCUCCCCUCGCACCCAGAAUCCUUCCCCGUCAACGCCCUGGUUCCCAUCCCGGGAACGCCCCUCGGCAACCGCAAGAUGAUCCCGUUCGACAAGAUUCUGCGCACCGUUGCCGCGGCGCGAGUCGUCAUGCCCAGCACCAUCGUGCGUCUGGCAGCUGGCCGCGUCGCCCUCUCCGAGGAACAACAAGUCGCAUGCUUCAUGGCCGGUGCUAACGCCGUGUUCACGGGCGAGAAGAUGUUGACUACGGACUGCAACGGCUGGGGCGAGGACCGAGUGAUGUUUGAGAAAUGGGGAUUCUAUCCCAUGCAGAGCUUUGAGAAACCUGGGUUGUCGGCUGCUCAGCCACAAGCGGAGUCUUCAUCUUCGUUCAAGGAGGCCCGGGCCCCGGUUGAGGGAGCUGCGCAGGACGUAGCUCGUGCAUAA